AUGCGGGUUGUGGGUGCUACUGUUGGUCUUCCUCUUGGCAUGUUUCUUAAUGAGGAGACUAGACAGCCUGUUCUCAAAGUCAUCGAUGCCCUCUUUGUAAGGUCUCCUCCAGGUUGUACGGGCUUGGUUAGUACGGGCUUGGGUAGUACGGGCUUGGGUAGUACGGGCUUGGGUAGUACUUUCCACGCUAUCAAGGCCGACCCCAUAUCUCUUGAGAUUUCUGUCCGUGCAUCUAUCUAUCUAUCUAUCUAUCUAUCUAUCUCUCUCUCUCUCUCUCUCUAUAUAUAUAUAUAUAUAUAUAUAUAUAUAUAUAUAUAUAUAUAUCUGUUAGAAAAAAAGAAGUCUGCUCGUAUCUAUCUAUCUAUCUAUCUAUAUAUCUAUCUGUUAGAUAGACAUAGACGCCUGUUCGCAACUAUCUAUUUCUCUUUCCCCUUGGCUCUGUCUCUCUCUGUACAUAUAUCUGUUAAAAAAUAG